GUCGCCAUUUUUGUACAUUGUACAGAAUGCGAAAAGUCAAACAUCCCAGCAAAUGCGUUUUGUGAGUGAAAAUGUGCUAAUAAAGUGAUAUUCUUGCGCGAAAACGGCGUUUCGGUGUGUACCAUCAUGAAGCCGUGCUGCGACAAGAGCAAGGUGAUGGCGGACAGUGCAGUGAAUGUGCAAAAAACGGAUGAUAAAUAUUGUACGCAUCAGCAACAGCGAACAAGUGCAGCGGCCACCAUCAGUGGUGACGGGGGUUCAAGCAAUAAUAAUAAUAAAAACGCGAAUAACAAUAGCAGCAGCAGCAACAGGAGCGGCAGCGACUGCCAGCCAAGUUCGACGAAAACACAGCCGCCCGCCUCGUCGGCUGCGGUUAGUAGUCCAUCGAAAUCAAGCGCGGAUUCUACCACCAACGCUACGGCGAACUUUACCACAGCAGCAUCAUUAGCACCGUCAUCAUCAACAAGCGCAGUGGCAGGCGCUGCGACUGCUGCUGCCGUUGCGGCCGCUUCGGCGGGAACGGGGAAGAUGGUUGUUGAAAAUGAGCAAGCUCCCAAAAAUCACGUAGACCAAACGACAGUGAAAAUGAGUGCUAAAAAUAAUGAAAAAAGUUCGACACCGGUUAAGGACGCCCAGCAGAGCAGUGUGCGGAGUUCCGAUAAUGGAUUAACCAAGAGUCACAAAAAGAAAAAGACUAAAGAUAAAGAUCGUGAACGAGAUCGAGAACGGGAUCGAGAACGGGAUCGGGAUCGGGAUCGGGAUCGAGAUCGAGAUCGAGAUCGGGAUCGUGAUCGGGAUCGUGAUCGGGAUCGUGAUCGUGAUCGCGAUCGUGAUCGUGAUCGUGAUCGUGACAGGGAUCCAGACCGUGAUCGUGAUCGUAAUAGAGAGCGCGACAAGGAACGGGACCGAGAUCGGGAGCGCGACAAAGAUCGUAAACGGCGCCGUUCGGAGGACGAUUCUUCCGGGCUCGGAUCCUGCAAGCGUGGAACCAAGGAUGGCAACAGUAACAGCAAUUCCAAUACAGCAUUACGCACGGCGGCGGAAACGGGCGUCGGGACCACGGAUAACCAUUCGUCAUCCGACCCAAUGGUUUCUUCGUCUGCCUUUGCCGGAACAGCAUUGAUACAAAAUAAAGAAAACCAUCAUCAGCAGCAGCUGGCCGGAUUUGCGGCAGCACACCAAACGAUCAAGCGGGAACUGUCUAUCGAGACGGCAAGUUCGAUCGCAGCCGUGCCGAACGUAGCGUCAGCGACUGCAUUGCUCUUGGAGCACAGCGCGGUAGCGAUCGUGUCACCUGUUGCAGCAGCGGCCGCCGCUGCCGCUGCUUCCAUUUCAGGCACUCCGAUAUCGCCGGUCAAUUUGCUGCUAAACUUGGAGCGCAGCAAGAACGAGCUCGCGAGCGUUAAAAAGCAGGACGUUUUUAUCAAAAAAGUGUACCUCCCGGCCAAGAACAAGUUGCCGAAGCCGGAAAAAACACGCGACGAUGUAACGCGAACGCUAAACUUUGGCAGCGAAGGCGGGACGGAUGGGAUGGAUACAUCCGCGGCAAUAGUAUCGACCGUGACGGCAACGACGGCGACCGAAGUAGCGAUACCGAAACCUGCGAUGAAUGGUAACGGCAGCAUUGGUUCCCCUGGCCAUGCCGUUAGCAAUAACACGAGUAGCCUAAUAUGCGUUGCAAACAGCAAUGCAACCAACCUCAGCAACAACAGUACAACUGCAUCCAGCAACUUAAUAGCAACUAGCAAUAAGUCAAAUUCAAACAUAUUAAUCAAGCUAGAGUCACCGAAAAACGUGGAAGACAAGGUAGACAUUAAGAAAGAGCCGGUGAACCAUCACAACGCCCAUCACCCCGCAGAACCUGAAGCCCUUUCGGUGGACAGUACAAUGGUCAACGGAACGUCGGUGGACAAGAAAGACAAAGUGUUGAACGGCAUCGCAGAUGCUGUCGCUCACAAGGAAGCUGCGGUGCUAAUUAAAAAGGAGCCACCAGAGAGUGUGCAUUCUACGACGGAUACACCUGUUAAACAGGUUCACGCGACAUCGUCGGAAGGCGCCAAAUUGGAUACCCCUGGCCCCGGCCUUGGAAGUGUCCAAAGGCUUGGCAGUACUUCUUCCGUACACAAGAGUGCCAGCGGCCGAGAGUGCUCGCGAUGCUAUAAACGAUCGAAAAUUAAGCGCGCUAAUAUAGGUAUCCAGUGUCGCAGAGGCACAGUGUCCGGCACGACACCUGUCCAAUCGCAAGACGGUGGAUCGUCGAUGAAUGAAUCGAGCGCGCGUAUCGGGUCAAUUAAUCGGAACGCAAACUGUAUGCUUCGUUCGAAGCAGCUGGACGGUCUCAAGUAUGGUCGGUUCAUGCGUAUCGAGGUACAUCCCAACGGUGGUGCUUCAGUGGUGCACAUGUACCAGGACGAAAUAGGCGUCCUGUCCGAGACGGAAAUGGAGGAGCUGGUACAAGAAUUCUUCCAAGUGGUGUUCGCCGAAGACGAGGACGGUUAUGCCGAUCAUGUGAUGGGCAUUGUGCAUGACGCGGCAGCCUACCUGCCCGAUCUGCUCGAACACAUGGCAGAGAACUACGCCAAUCUUACGGUGAAGGCAGGUGUGCUGGGUCGCAAUUCGGACAUUGAAACAUGCACGAUGAGUCAGUACAACGAGCAGGUGGUUAAGAACUACUCCCAUGGUACGGUACGCUACGGACCAUUGCAUCAGAUCAGUCUGGUCGGGAAAGUGCACGAGGAAGUCGGUGGAUAUUUCCCCGAUCUGCUGAAGCGUCUGGAGGAUAAUCCGUUCCUGAACAAGGCAAUGCCUUGGGGAGAGUUGUCGAUCGUGCAGAUGGAUCCACGCUUAUCGAACGAUGGACCGAUCCUGUGGAUACGGCCUGGCGAGCAGCUCGUUCCCACGGCUGAAAUUAACAAAACUCCGCUGAAACGACAGAGGACUCGCAUAAACGAGCUGCGUAACCUGCAGUACCUUCCGAGGCUCUCGGAAGCACGUGAAACGAUGAUCGAGGAUCGUACCAAAGCGCAUGCUGACCACGUUGGGCAUGGCCAUGAUCGCAUGACGACCGCUGCCGUUGGUGUACUAAAGGCAGUUCGAUGUGGCAUACCGGACGAUCUGAAUCGCAUCACGAAGGACGUCGUUGCGUUCGAUGCGCACUGCUUCCCGCAUCUGGUGGAAAAGCUGCAGCUCGAUCUGCACGAGCCACCGAUAUCGCAGUGCGUGCAGUGGGUCGAAGACGCGAAGCUGAAUCAGCUGCGCCGCGAAGGUAUCCGAUACUCGCGGAUCUCGCUGUACGAUAACGAUAUCUACUUCCUGCCGCGCAACAUUAUUCACCAGUUCCGCACGGUAACGGCGGUGACGAGUAUCGCUUGGCAUCUGCGCUUGAAGCAAUACUACCCGGACCAGGACGUAGUGCAGGAGAUCGCGAAUGGGUACGAGGUGGAUCCGCCCCACUACAAGGAAAAGCAAACGAUUCUACCUCAUCCCGUGUCGGCCGAUGAGAAGAAGCAUACGCCCGUGAAGCGUACGCACGAUGGGAAACCAAAGAAAGUGGAUCUCAAGAAAGAGCCUCUCGCUACCGUUCCUCAUCCUCCCUUGCCGGCGGGUGCAGAAAAGCCAUCCAAAGGGGAAGACAGUGGCGACAACUGUUCGCUGAAGGAAGCAAAAAUCGACAUGCGCAAGUUGAUACGCGACGAUAAGGUCGCGUCAAGUCAGGACUCCUUGCGAACGCCAAGCAAAUCGGGCAGAAGGUCGGUUGUUUCGAGCAAGGGUUCGGAGAAAAAAUCGUGCAACAAUAAAGGCGGCGACACCAAUAGCCGUACCAGCUCUCCGUCUACGUCGGCGCACAAGCAGAGCAAAAGUGUCGAGGUUGGUGACAGUAGUAGUGGUAGUAGUGCCGCAGCAAUCAGUAAGGCUGGCAAACAUUCAGCGAGCAGCGAACGUAACCGAGACAGGGAUCGCGACCGUAACCGUGACCGGGACCGCGAUCGUGACCGUGACCGAGACAGGAGAGAUCGGGAGAAGAAGGACCAACAACGGAAUAGGGAUAAAGAGCGGGAUCGUGACCGUGAUCGUGACAGGGACCGUGGUCGGGACCGGGACAGAGAGCAAGAGCGUGAGAAAGAACGAAGACAUCACAAGCACCACUGCAGUUCGUCCUCAUCGUCUAGCCGCAAGUCAUCAACCUCCUCGUCAUCGCACAAGUCUCGUCACGUACAGCCGGCGAGCGUUGGCCUCGAUGGAAACAAUCCGAGCAGCAAGGCUUCGUCUCAUUCAGCCCCAUCCUCGCACAGCAGUAGCGCAAGUAGCAGUCGACGUGAGUCCACCUCAAGCGUAACACGCGAAAAGGAGCAACUGCUGUCCGGUCCUCCACUGGCAAUGGUGCCACCGAUCGCGACGGAAGUGGAGAUCGCCCUAAAUGCUACCCCCGUCAGCACGACGACCGAUCCGUGUCCGGGUGAUUCUCAUACCAAAGUUGCUGUUGCAACUAAGGGGCAGGAAAAUAAUGAAGCUUCUUCCAAAGAAUCCUGCUCCAGUGAACAGAUUUCCCAGGCGCCUGGGAAGGAUGAAACGAGACGUCACAACGUUGAGACUGUGAUAGCUUCAAGCGAGGCAAAACGUGUAACGCUGGCGGCAUCCCCGAAGGAGCUCAACACGGUCACGCAACCAUACGACGACGGUAAUGUUGCUCCAAAGGCAACGGACGCACCUGGUAAGACGGAACUGGAAAAGCAAACGAAUGGUGACAGUAUCGCCGCAGACGUGACCUCGAUAGUGAAGCGGAUAACGCCCGAAAAUGCUGCAAUGGUUCCUGCUGCACCGGCGCAUCCGCCCCAGGUUCAACCACCCUUACCCAUCUCAUCACCUCCCUUAGUCCCACCACCGCCGCCUCCACAGGACCACCGUGAAACGCAGACACCAACGGCCGCUCGGGAGCAGAGCGCUGCACCACCUUCUGCAGUUGGUGCGAGCAAAAGUAUUCUACAGACGACCGACAACGCUGGCCAUCAGAGCAAUAGCAGCAGCAGCAGCAGCAGCCAUACUUCUUCUAGCACCAGUAGUAGCAAUAGCGGUAGUAGUAGUAGCAGUAGUAGCAGUAGCAGUAGUAAUGGCAAUACAGAUAGCACUAGUGAUAGUACCAAACCCGGCAAUAGCUGUAUCACUGAGCGGAAUAUCGAUGCUGCUGUCCACGGGAAAAAACAAUCCAAUGAUUUACUGAGCACGAUAAUGGCUAGCAUGGCAGGAUCGACCAACCGAAGUGCUACAAACUUUUAAUCAACUGUAAACAACAGCCCAUUUCCUCUCCUCGCUCGCUCAGUGCGUUUUGCCCGGCACUGUACAAAGUAUUGUUUUGCGACAGAGCGCCCAAAAGCUCUCGCUGCUGCUAAAAAAGGCUUCAAAUGUGAUGAUGGGCGGGACAAGUGCGCAUCCAUUCCUUCUAAAUUAUCCAUCGCUGCAGUGUUCCGGAAUCCUUGGUUUGUACUUACUUUAUCCCGACACUGGCCCUUUUAGUAUGUAUUGGUGAUCGUUACAGGACGCCACCGCUUUCACUAUUCGCGAAAUUGAUACAGUUGAUUCUAUUUUGAUCUCUUUUACCAUGUACUGCACGUAUGCUUUAUGUGAUCAAAUUGCGAUCUACAGAUCUUACCGAGUGGCUCGGUAUGUCGCAGUGAUCUAGAGGUCGAGGCCCCAUUCAGAAAAACAACGGUUGAUCAGAUCUCGCGAUCAUUGUACAUAAGGCUUUACUACUAAUCCACGGCAAGAACUGUUGGUUUUUGCUGGCCAAAUCGUGGACUUUGUUUAGCUGUAUUAUUUUAAUAUCAAUAUUAAACGAUGUGUGGUAUAGCAGUUUUAUGUUAAUGUUAUUCGGCACCGCAGAACCGAAGCUUAUCGGUGUAGUUAGCUCUAGCGAUCGAUGCUGCUUUACUUUAGUUCCAACGGUCAUUAGCAUGUAAGAACGUUUACGGUACAACAUGGAGGUGAAGAAGAACGGACUUAAACGCCCGCAAAUCUCGAUCAUGUAUGGUUGGUUGACGGACGACUAUGGGGCGACACUGGAAGCCGAUUGCAGUCGAGUUCGUACCGGUUUAAUGUUAUAAUUUAUAUAAUUUUUAUUUUAAUUAAAAUGCUUAAGCUUCUGUGCCCUAAACACCCAAGCCCUUUUAACAGAAGAAACACUUUGACCGCGUCUGUAACGAUCAGUUUGUGUAGCUCUUAGCCUAGACUCUUUGGCUGGUAAUGUUAAGGUGAGCAGUGUAACAAGAGCCUGCGAGAAGUUGUGUGCGUGUGUAAGCGUAUUUGUUACAGUGGUGAACAAUGUAAUGAUUUCUAUUGUACAUUUUCUCAAACUUUUUUUAAUACAACUUUGUUGAAUGUUUGGCAUGAUUAGUGAUGCGUUCACGGGUGCAGUUAAGGGAAAUAUAUUGCUCCCGUCGUGCGCCCCGUGGCAGGCAUUGGAAUCGGCGUAGGCGCGUACAAUAGAUUGUUAACUCACAAACAGCAAAGCCCCGCAAAUAUUGAAUAUAUAUAUCCUAUCCGAUUAUUUAUGACUUCUUGCCUUUUUCUUUAAAUCCCCGCCAUCAAUAGUUUUAAUUGAAGUUCGUCCUACGUAAAUCGUUAACACACUGUUCCGAUCCCGAUGAUGAAUUCCUCUCAGUUUUACCAUCUGUAUCGUCUUUGUAUCUUUUAAAUUGUAUCUACUGAUUUGACGAGGCAAUGUGAAACCACAGAAAAGCGCACAAGAGUUGUGUGAAGCAAGGAACAAACUAUUUUCACGGCUCGCUGAUCGCAUGGUCAGGACUCGUUACAAGCAAGCAACAAAUACUGCACUGUACAUUUGCAUCGAUCCGGAAGAGAAACCAUUAAUUUGAAUAAAUCGUACCUGGUAGUAUGUACUUUAAGAUAAAAA